UUGACAGUGACAUCUGACAGUACAAUUGCAUUUCUGAAUUUAAAAAAUUGUAAAUAUUUUGUGAAUAUUAAUUGUUAUACAUUAAUUUUAAGCAUAAUACAAUAUGACUCGAAGAAAUAGACUAUUGUAUACUAUGAUAUUUGUAUUCUGUUUGCCAAUAUUAACCAGCCAGUUUGAUGUUGAGGAAGAAGCAAUUCUUGACAAAGUCGAGAACGAAGAAGAACCGGAUGUCCCUAAUGUUGAUGAAUCGGAAUCUUUACUUUCAAAUGUUGUAUCUGAUGUCAACAAAACAUUAACAAACCUCUACAACCAUGUAACAUCAGCUAACAUUACUGCGGAAAACCGAACAAGUACAGCAAACGAGACUAGAAAACUCGUUAAAUGUAAAGAGAUUUUAUAUGAAGGGACAGAAGAAAUAGAGGUGGAAAUUAUCAACGGAACUCAUUUAGCUAAGCUAUUGCAAGUAAAGCCAGAUAUAACUAGCCGAGAUACUGAGGCCGAUUGUGUUUUAGUGUUAUUCCAUGCAAGAGCUUGUCCCUUUAGUGCCCAUGCUGCCCCUCACUUCAAUGCACUAGCCAGAUCGUACCCUAAUAUAAAAAUGGUGGCAUUAGAUGCAUUAAAAUACCAUGGGAUUAAUGCUCAAUAUGGUAUAGUUGGUGUUCCAACUCUCAAAAUGUUCCAUAACGGUAGACCGGUUGGAAAAUUCAAUGGUACAGAGUACAAUAUUCAGUCUUUCAGUAAAUUUGUGCAUGCUAUCACAGGGCAAUAUCCUUUAGAACUCUUAGUGACAUCAAAAGACUUCCAAGGACCAGUUUCUAGUGUUGUAGAGAAGGAGACUGACUAUUUCUUGGUGUUGUCUUGGUUGUUCAUAAUAGUGUGUUCAAUUUAUUACUUUAUGCAGUCAAAAUGGUGGAAGAUGAUAGUCGAGAUGGUGCAAAACAACUGGAGAGAAUCUGAGGCUCAGCAUGAGCACAAUGAUUAGUAUUACAGACUGAUAGAGUAUUUUAAGAUAAGAAUAAAGGUAAAAUAAAUUAUGAUUCACCAA